CCCUCCGUGUGCAGUGAACUGGAACAUGAUAAAAGCCACCUAUACUGGCAUUUAUCAGUAAACACACUGCCGUCGUCAUCCAAAUGCAGUUAUGGCAAACAGCAGAGCAAGAAACUCGCAGUUUGGACAACCUAUUAUUCCUGGCAUUGAGAACGAAACUUUAGCGAAAGGUAAAGCUGCGAUUGAGAAGACUGAGAAGUAUAAAACAACAAAAUUGGUUGUGAUUGGAAUUCGGGAUCGUCAACAUUUUUGUGUUUAGUUUGGUAGUGUAUGACAGUAUGAAAGGUUUUCUAAAUACUUUCUACAGAAUCUAGGUCACAUGCAUAAAGUGACACAAACGAGUUGUUCACAAAUAUGUGUCAUCGACAUACUAUUCCCACACGAGACAUGUACAUGCAUUUUGAUUUUUGAAUGAUUGCAAAGUGCGGGCAUAUUCAUAACGCUGACUCCCGAGAAUUCGAGAAAGCAUUGCAUGUCAAAUGUACUAGGACUAUUUCACGGAACGUCAUUAACGUCGACGAACUAAAAACAUUUCUAGUAACGAUUAUGUCGGCCUCAAAAAUAUUGACUAUGCUUAUGAUUUACGAAAAGAAACUAUAUAUGACAUACAUUCACCACUGACACACAUAUUGAGCGGUUCUGGCCUGUGAUAUUAAAAACAUGAACGUGGGUCACUCAUUGCCAGAAUUAAUUACUCAAUUUACAAACUGUGAGUGCAGUUCACUUGUGUGUUUGCAGAUUCAAGUGGAGCAAUAUGUCAGUGACAAGACUAUAUAGUUUUCAGAAAAAUUGCCGUCCUGAAUAAUCACCUAAUCAUAUACAGUGUAAAUCUUUGCAUAAAAGCUGAACAAACAACUUGCGCAAUGAUGUUUUUUAAGUGAUAACAGAUUACUUUUUUCAGUUUUUUGCGCAACACGAUUUUUAGUUGAAAGUUGGUCAAAGUUGCAAGCUUUUAAGCUAAAAUUAAAAUUAAAUUUCAGUCAUUCUGCCAAUUGUAAAACGAAACAGAAAUACUAUAGAUUGCAGUUUAGUAUUGUGAGAAUUUACAUACAGCUUUACAAGCGAAAGUUAGCAAAAUUCUAGCAAUUUAAUCAAAAUUGUUUUCAAGACAUUUUGUUGGCAUGGUAAUAUAUGCGUCUAAUGACUAAUGAGACUAGUGUUUCAAGAAGAAACCAGUACGUAGUCAGCCAUUGCUACAGUACAGGAGCUAAUACCUUAAUUGCUAUAGGACUAAUACCUUUUUAAGUGUGUAUUACGGUAGAAAUGUACUGUUUCACUUUGAGAUGCUUUAUAUGUCAAAAUAAAUAUAAUAUACCACAUGUGGGUUGCACAAUCCAGUAACAUUAUGAGAUCAGUGCAUUGGGCUGGGUUGCACGUGACCGACAUUUAUGCAAACGACGUCAUUCUAGCAAAUUCGCUUCGAUCUCGUUUCGAAAUUUUGCAAACUUUGUCUAGUCACUUUGGGAAGCUUUUGUGGAAAGAUGACCGCUAAAAUACAGCAUUAUAAAGAGGAAUUGAAUAAUUUUUUACACCAAGAUAAUGCAUUCGUCAGUGCCUUAGCGAAAGUGGAAGAGAAAACGAAAGUUAAUCGCCUAAAUAUCUUCUUAGGUAAUAUGUUUGCAAAGUCCUUUAUAAAUAUAAUAAUGCGACCGCAAGAUUUCAAUGUUGGUUCUCGUGUUAAUAAUGUUGUUCGUUUAUUUUAGGUGCUAUCGGCUUGUUCUCUUUGUAUCUCAUCUUUGGCUAUGGUGCUGCUUUGAUUGUGAACGCUUUGGGCGCGAUUUACCCCGCAUAUGCAUCGUAAGUUUUGAAGAAAAAACCUAAACUGUUUUGCAUUUCUGGGAGUGAACCCUGUGGUUUGUCCGAGCACAAAAUUUUGAACUUUGAACCUGUUGAUUAAUUUUUGGUUAGGAGUUACUUAAACGUAUCCUAAACAUGAAUAUUUUAGAAGUUUAUUGAGCCAAUUUUAUACACAGAUGCCGCUUUGAAACGAUUUAGUUUAAUUUUCAAAAUUUUGGAUUUUGGAUUUUAGAUUGGGCAGGACAUGAACUACCUGUCCAAAACUCAUUCGGUUGUGCAAGUGACAAGCAAAAAUAUCGUAAUGGCGGGCUGGGAAAUGUAUCAAAGCUUGAAAUAACACGCAAAAUUGUCCAGAAAUAGGUCCAACUAAAACGAAAUUUGAUUUAAAAUUUUUAAAUUUGGUCGGACAAUUUCAUUUUGAAUCACUGCUUACACGACAGAUAUCCACCAGAUUGAUAUGCACAGAGUUGCCAAUAUAUAAUUGUUUAAUAUUUGCAGGGUUAAAGCUGUCGAGAGUGUUACCAAGGACGAUGACACACAAUGGCUCAUUUACUGGAUUGUGUAUGCUGUGUUCACUGUCGUGGAAUAUUUUUCUGAUUUCCUCUUUUCGUGGUUUCCAUUUUAUUUCCUCACCAAGGUAAUAUGAUGUGCCUUUCAGCAUUUGACUCAGCAAUAGAUUAUUCCAGCUACAGACUAAAUUUUGAUCUAGGCAAGAAGAACAAAAUCCAUCGCCACAGCUAGAAAGAGCAUGUUGAAAUUAGUAAAAUUGCAAAGUUUGAUUGCGAAAUGUUGUAAUAUGAGGAAAAUUUAGCUUUGCGAAAUUUGCAAAUUUUAGAAGAUUUUGCAAAUUUUGUAUUAAUUUGUAUUAAGCACAGGAAAAUGCACCACUUUCGGGCCAAAUAUGUUGCAUUUUAGUCGGGCAUUCCCCGUGCAUAAUAUCUAGAAAUUAAUAAAAAAUUUGCAAAUUUUGCAGGGCUAUAUUUUCUGCAUCUUACAACAUUUCACAGCCAAACUUUGCAAUUUUACUAAUUUUAAUAUGCUCUUUCUAUUUGUGGUGAUGUGGUGGCUGGAAUCUCUGGAAGGAAAAAUCAGAGUUCACUUGGCAACUGACGUUUUAUUUACCUGAAAAAUUUUUUUUGAUAAACUGCUAGUGUUAAAAAUAUCAAGCAGCAUAUUGGGUCAUGCCAGAAAAGAUUCACAUUCCCCCCACAGAGGAAAUUUCUGCCGUUGAGGGGGAGGUAUUUGCUAGUGAAUAGUGAUUGACCGAUUGUGCAACAAUCCGAAAUCACAGGUUAUUCAUGCCACAAUCUGCCAGAUACCGAUGCCGAUUUUAUGAUGAUGCCAUAAUAUCAGUCAUUCAUGUCGAUUUUUAAACGAUAAUUUCCAAUGUAACUUGUUACUGCAACCAAAGAUUGUUAAAACCGUUACUGAAUGGUAUGCUUCACGCAUUAAUUUAACAUAUUGCGUUCAAACGCAAUGUGUACCAACGUGCAAUGCGUAUCAUUUUUAAUUAAAGUGCGCAUUUUCUCAACAAUUGGUUUUAGAAAAUUGGAAAUAUAGACAAUUUUACGAUUCCGAUUGUCUACCGAUAAGGCAGAAAUAGGCCCGAUAUGAUUAUCGGUUAGUCACUAGUAUUAACAAUGUUUGAAGGGGGUAGAGCUGGGGUUAACUUCCAAUUCCCUCUGUGAGGGAGGUAUGGAUGUUUUCUGGUAUGACUGAUUAAUUAAAAAUGAUGUAUACUCAUAAUAUCAUAUCUCUGCCAGGAACUCUUGCCAAAAAUCUUGACAGGAAAUCAUUAUAUGUCUUGCAGGAAACAUUUGUUAUUUUACCUAAUGGAACAACAGUUUGUUGUCUCAUCAGAUUAUUCGUGAAAAAACCUGUGCAUGCAUGUGUACUGCAUAUUUAUUUACUGUAUAUCAUAAAAAGCAAAGUUAUUUGACGAGUGAAAAACAAGUUCCAGGGUUCGAAUUAAUUCUGAGAAAAUGGUUCGUGAAUUGAUUUUUUUAUUUUACGGAAAUUUUAAGGAAUUUUCAUGGAAUUUUCACUAAUUGGAAGUUAAAAAGUGGAAGCACUGCAAUUUUCAAAUAUAUACUGUAAAUCGCAAACUUGCAAAGAAAUAGAAUUUUGGUUGGAUUAUAAUAGUUUUUAAGUACAAUUUAAAACAAUAUCUUCAAAAUAUAUGGUCCUUCAUCACAUGUACAAAGAACUGGAUUUAUUAUUGUAUAUUUUUAUCAAUUUGAGAGACUUUUGAUUCGUGAUUUUGAUAAAUUUUUAUGAAAUUGCUUCGUGAAAAAUGAAAAUUGGAAUCACAAACCGUUAUUUUGAACCCUGAUGUUUCAUACCUACAAGAGAGCAUUCUAUAGGCUGCCAUCUUGGCUCCACCCAAUCAUAGGGCAGUUUACCUGGAGUUAUCGUUCCGGUGUUUCCACUUUUCAAAAUCCAUGUUUCAGUGAAUUUGAUUGGAGUGUUUUGACUUUUGAAAAUUUAUAUUUUAUAUUUCAAGGAAAUUUGCUAAAACAGAUUUUCCCUCUAAUUCACACCUGCUACCUUAACAAAAAACUAACUGUUGUUAAUCUAUCUUUGUUAAUCUAUACUUGAUGUAGUUGAUCUUCCUUGUCUGGUGUAUGGCUCCAAUCUCUGCCAACGGCAGCAUGGUCGUCUAUCACAGAUUUAUCAAACCUUUUGUUGUGAAACAUCAAGCUGAGUUUGAUGAAGUGUUGAAUGAAGCGUCAUCUGUGGCAAGCAGCGCGGCAAACCAAGCUAUGGAGCAAGGUAUGCAAGACCUGGCCUUUUGUAGUAGCCCAACAAUUGCAUCAAAUGAUGAACAAUCGCUGAUAAAAACAUUGUCCAUACUUGUGUGAAACUUAAAUGUUUGUAACAAGUACUUCAAGGCUUUAAUGUAGCUGAGCCAAUCAGCAGGAGUAUCCAAAUAUAGCAAAAUGAUAAGAUAGCAAACAAAAUUCUCUCCCCAGAGUUUUUCUCUCAAAGAAACAUAACUAGGCCAAAAAAAAUAAGUGGGUUUCCGCUUUUCCGACGCUACCUAGCUUGUGGAUGCCGAAAUCCCAUCCCUAAACUUUUUAUUGCAUCAUGCUCACUGAACUUUAACUAGCUUGUAAGUGUUUCCACUUAGAGGAAAACGUUUUGUGGAAAAUGGAAAUUUGAGGCAAUAUUAGGGAAAUUUAUCUUUGGAUGUGGAAGCACUGACUAAACAAACAUGGCGUCCGGAUGUUAGGAAAAUUUAGAAAAAAAGUUAAAACCGACCUACCCCACCCAAGUUUUUACAAGAAGAAAUAGGAAACCCACAUUUUUAUCCACACUUGUUUCUGGAUAGUGCUGAAAGUGUCAUGCAUGCCCUUAAUCACUUAGCAUGCUGCUAUGUUUAUCCAAACAACAAUUAACCAUUUUGUUUCUUGUUUCUUGUUCCAGCCAAGAACGAAGCUCUCAACCAGUAUGUGAAGCAACAACAACAAGAAGCAGAGGAGGAAGAAGACAAAAAGGACAUGUAAACAACACAAAACAACACACACUGAUACUCGAGAAUUGCACUCCCGCCUGGGCCAUACACACGAUUGAAGCCAACUGAACGAAAUUUUGUAUUUUUGGGACAUUUUAGCGUAGAUUGAUAACCUUAUUAUAUGGAAAAGUUUUGGCAACUGUUAGAAGGGCAUUGGGAAUCAAUCUUAGUCGGUGUCUUCAUGAGCUGUGUUUGGUAUAGUCGUGGUUCCAGCUUGAUUAAUACUAGAUCAAAACUUUUUAAUAAAAUUUAGCGUGUUUGAUUGUGACUUUGUUUUCAGCGGUGU